CUGGCUUACAGUUGUGGAUUUGACUCUCUACAGUUCCUUCCUCCUCUGUCAAAUUUAUGCCAGCUUAACUUGUCUGGGAUACGACUUACUGGUAAACUGGAGCCUCUCUGCAGUCUUAAGAAGGGCCUGAAGUACUUGAAACUUGUUGGUUGCUCUAUUACACACCCAGAUUUGGAGCUGUUGGCAAAGUCACAUCAUACCAAGUCCCUGUUACAAUUAGACCUGAGUGAGAACUCAUUUAAUCUUCCAGUGAAUACAGCCUCACUCUGCAUUCUUUGCAAGAAAUUAUCAAAGGUUGAGGUGUUGGAACUACAAAACUGCAAGUUAAACACAGUUGUUCAGGAAAACUUGAGGAUUUUUGUCGAUGUCAUGAAAACUUUACCAGAACUGCAGAUUUUAAGACUGACUGAUAAUGAUUUUUCCUCAAGGAUUAUUGUAGAGGAGCUGCCGCAGUUAGCAAGCAGCUCAGCAUUACAGUACCUCUGCCUCACUGUACCUUCUGAUGCAUACCUAAGUGAUGACUACAAUGUAACUUCUAGAGUCAUCAAGAAGAUUCAGUCUGAUUUCACAAAGUGUGUUGAAACUUUCUCAAGAAAUUUCCAUGUUGAGUGGAAAGAAAAUGUUGAAUAUAGUCACUGGUAUUAUAGUGUUUGACUUAUACAGGUUUACAAUCCUUUAUCCGAAAUUCUGAAAACCUAAAAGCUCUAAAAACCAAAAUUAUUUGCUGCAAGGUAUAACAUCUUCAUAAGGUUAAUUGAUAAAGUCUCACUUAGUGAGAAUAUUGAUGUGUUUACUGUAUAUACUCUUGUAUCAUAUGGCUUUCCAAAGCCUACUUUUCAACUUGUGUGUAUGUAUGUGUGUGUGUGUGAGAGAGAGAGAGAGAGAGAGAGAGAGAGAGAGAGAGAGAGAGAGAGAGAGAGAGAGAGAGAGAGAGAGAGAGAAUACUAUUUGGCCCAGUUCGGUUGUUACACUGGCAGAUAUCCAUUUGCAAAAGUCAAAUAAUGCAUUAUGUAUAAUUGUCAUAUCAUCAUAUUAUAAUUUAUGAACAUAGUGACCCUGCACCAUUUGCAUUCUGGUAAUGUUUGCAUUCAUAAAGUAAUCAGGUGAUUGUGUUUUACUGGCUUCAUCACUGUCAUUAGUUGUUGAAUUAAACGUAAUUCAGAGAUACAUUUUUUCGUAAAUUAUUAUCAAUCAAAGCUGGGUUUAAAGAAGUGCAACUUUUAUUGUAUUUAUAAAUACAGUAAAUUAAACAACAUGAAGGUGUGAUUUCUCCAGUUUCGGAUGCUGUUUUUGCCUCUUCCGAAAUGUUAUGUAGCCUGCAAUUUAUUCUCAUCUUGAGCCACAGCUACAACUUGGAUUUAUUUGUAUACUUCCUCAAUUAACACUAUCUUCUCCAUUUCACGAAGAGUGAAUAAUAAAUGUGCGGUAACUAGCAUCGGCAAACAGCUGUUUCUCAAUUCAGUUAUUUAUUUCAAUACUUGCUAUUGUGUGUGCCAGUGUUUUGCAUGCAAUAGUAAAUGAUUGUUAAUUAUAAGGAAUAGUUAUGAAUUCAUAGACAAGCCUCGAGUUUGAUAAGCCUGGUUGAAUGUAUGAGGAUUGACAUUUAACCUAAUGGACUUUGGCUGCUAGGCUUCUUAAUUAGUUAAAAGCUAACUUAGAUAUAAUUUGCAUUAUCAGUGGUAUUUACCAAAACUGAGAUAGGCAUAGAAUGCCUAGCCUAGUAUAAUCUACCUAAAAAAGAAAAUUGCACCUGAAGCAUAGCCUUGUGUAAUCUACCAAAAAUGCAUCUCGCACUAUACAUGAUAUAUGUGACGAAAUCAUGUGUUGGGACCAAAUGGUAAGGAUCACAUGAUACACAACAUCAGACGAUACAUGAAUAUGUACACAAAUUAUGGUUCUUUUUGAUGAUGUGUAUUUUUUAGUGUCACAGAAUGUUUUUGAUGGAAAUAAACUGCUUGUGUGGUUAUGGAGCAAGCUUCAGUUCCAAAAUCCAAAAACGAAACACAGCUGUCCCCAGGGGUUUUGGAUAAGGGAUUGUGAGUCUAUACUUAAUUUUAAGUUUGUGUUUUGUAAUGAAAGUUUAUGAAAA